UCCUGUUCUAGUGCACUACUCAGGGCGUUCUGUAACAACGCGCGCGCACUAUGUAGUGGCACUCUGUGUAAGAAGCGCGCGCUUUAGGACACAGCCGCAGUGUCGCCGCUAUUCAAGUUUAGCUAGGAACAUGUCGGAAUAGUGUUAGUUUCGUUAUUGGGUUUCGUGUCGUCUGAGCAUGAAGUGGAGAGUAUAAAGAGCAGUAAAAGUGCGGGCUGUGUAGUGUGUGAGCUGUGUGUCGGACACGGUUCAGUCGGUGUUAACCUCUGACAGGAAGUUCAUCGAGGUUUAGGAGGUGUAACUUUGAGACAGAAUCAAUAACAUGCUCAGACUUGAUGCAGGGGUUUAUGUGUUGUUGUUUACAGGGUGUGUGAGCAGAGGUGAGCAGAGGUGAGUCUGUAGCUGUGGCCUGGUUAAUUUACAGAUAGAGCAGGGGUUUAGGACAGAAAGCUGCAGGAUGUCUGACGGGGAUGAUGAUGUUCCUCUGAUUUUAACCUGGGACGAAACAGCUGAUCUGCUGGAGGAGAACGGCGUCGGGACCUACGAUGCUCUGAACAGCAUGAGCAACCCCGCAGCCCCGGACUCCACUUGCCCGAAUUCCUUGCGGCAGAGUUGGGAGGUGAACUAUCAGGAAGCAGCUAUAUAUCUACAGGAAGGGGAGAAUAAUGAUAAGUUUUACACGCACCCCCGGAACCCCCGCGCUCUCAGUGCCUACCUGUUCGUCCACAAUCACCUGUUCUACCUGAUGGAGCUCGUGACCGGAACGCUGCUCAUGCUGCUCUCGCUGUCCGAGGCUCCGGCUGUUCCCCCGCUCCGACUCCACGUCUAUGUUCACGCCACUCUGGAGCUCUUGGCGUUGGUGAUGGUGGCCUUCGAGCUGUGUAUGAAGCUCCGGUGGCUCGGCUUUCACGCCUUCAUACGACACAAGAGAACCGUGGUGAAGACGAGCGUGUUGCUGAUCCAGUUCGUCGAGGCGAUCGUCGUGUUAGUUCGAAAGACGAGUCACCUGCGCGUGACCCGAGCUCUCAGACCCAUCUUCCUCGUCGACUGUCGUUACUGCGGUGCCGUGCGCAGGAACCUGCGUCAGAUUUUCCAGUCGCUCCCUCCGUUCAUCGACAUCCUCCUCCUCCUGCUCUUCUUCAUGGUCAUCUUCGCCAUCCUCGGCUUCUGUCUGUUCUCCACCAACCCAGCCGACCAUUAUUUUAACACACUGGAGAACAGUAUCGUGAGUUUGUUCGUUUUGCUCACCACUGCGAAUUUCCCGGACGUGAUGAUGCCGGCGUACUCACGGAACCGCUGGUCCUGCAUUUUCUUCAUCGUUUACCUCUCCAUCGAGCUCUACUUCAUCAUGAACCUCCUCCUGGCCGUGGUGUUCGACACGUUUAACGGCGUGGAGAAAGUCAAGUUCAAAUCUCUUCUCUUACACAAACGCUCGGCCAUCGAGCACGCCUUCCAGCUGCUGGUGAGCCGCCAGAGACCUGAUGGAAUCUCUCUGAGGCAGUUUGAUGGACUGUUGCGUUUUUAUCGGCCGAGAAUGAGGGCGCGUGAUCGCUUCCUCACAUUUAAAGCUCUCAACCAGUCAGGAACACCCAUACUCAGACUGGAGGACUUCUAUAAUGUGUACGAGGUGAUGGGUCUGAAGUGGAAGGUC